UGGCGCAUCCCUCCCCAGCAGGCCUCUCCUCCCCCAUGGUCUCUUUACUCUCCGCCCCUCACUGUUGUGCUGCUGUGCUGCUUGCCUGCUUGUGCCUCUGAUAUAGUACUAGCUGCUGCAAUUUGGAGCCACCUGUGGUUAAAAUAAUUGAUGCUUGUCCUUGUUAGCUGAAUAGAUCAUUAGUAUAUUGUUAGUGGAUCUUCUUUAUACUAGCUGUCUAGCUUAUUAGAAUAGUAGCUUAGCGGAUGUUUCUUUAAUAUAUUGUUGCACUUUGCAGUCACACAAUGGCAGAUGGGACUGGGGAUGCUCAUGAGGGUGUUUAUGAUCCAAUGAAAGAUCCAGCACGCAGGCCACGGAGGUCAAAUGAUCCUGGAUGGAAUUAUGGGUAUUGGUGGAAACCUCCGGACAUCAAUAUUGUUGUAUGCAAUCUUUGUGGCAAGAUAACUAAAGGCGGGAUCAAGAGACACAAAGAGCAUCUUGCAGCCACCGGUGGGGAUGCAACAGGCUGUCCAAAUGCUACCACACAACUUAGGAGGGAGAUGUUAGAAUAUUUGCAAAAUAACAGGAGAAACAUAAGACAGCCAGAUGAUGAUGAUGAUGAUGUAGUGGAGGUAGAUUCAACAACCAUGGGACCAGCAGUUCAAUGCUCCACUACAAGGCCAAGUUCAGGGUCAGCAGCCCAGAGGAACAAGAAGGCCUUUGCUGUAAAAAUCACCGGCAAAAAGUGUCAAGCUGUUGCAGCCAAGUCAAUUGUUCCAUACUUAGGAAAAAAACCUGAGGAUGUUGUUGAUGAAAGACGCUCCGGGUGUUCUCAAAGCACCAUGGAGUCCAGCACAAAAACACCGGAAGAUAGACACUAUGUGAGUAUGCAGUGGGCAUUGUUCUUCUAUGAGUGUGGCAUACCUUUCAAUGCUGCAAGCUCUAGGCAGUUUCAGAUUGCAAUAGAAGCCUCUUGUCAAUAUGGCCCAGGUUACAAGCCUCCUUCUCAUGAGCUGCGGGAGACAUUGCUUAAGGAUUGUGUCAAGGAAACAAAACUGUUGAGGGCGAAGCACGAGGCAGCAUGGAAGCAAUAUGGCUGCACACUUAUGUCAGAUGGCUGGUCCGAUAGAAGGGGACGCCACUUGAUCAACUUCCUUGUAAACAGCCCAGAGGGCACUUCUUGGAGUCGAUGGAUGCAUCAAGUGAAUGCCAAGAUGCUCGGAUGAUAGCAGAUUUGCUACAGAAGAGAAUUGAGGAUGUUGGUAAAGAGAAUGUUGUCCAAGUUGUCACCGGCAAUGGUGCUAACUACAAGGCAGCGGGCAAGCUUCUAAUGGAGAGGAUUCCUACACUAUAUUGGAGUCCAUGUGCAUGCCAUUGCUUGGACCUAAUGUUGGAAGAUAUAGGGAAGCUAAAGGCAUUUAAGAAGCCUAUUGCAAGGGGUAGACGAGUCACUACUUUCAUCUAUAGGCAUGGCAGAAUUCUUAGUCUAAUGAGGAAGGCCACGGGUGGGCUGGAUCUUGUGAGACCCGCAGCCACUCGUUUUGCCACAUCCUAUCUUGCUCUCAAGAGUUUGGUCACCCACAAGCAAGCUUUGAGGUCUCUGUUUACAUGUCAAGCAUGGGUUGGAAACAAAUUGGCAAAAACAGAGGCUGGUUUGAAUGUGCAAGAGAUUAUACUUUCCGCAGGCUAGUGGCAUUCAGUUGAGGACUGCCUUAGAGCUUCAGCUCCUCUUCUUCAAGCUCUUAGGAUAGCGGAUGGUGAUGAGGUUCCUGCCAUGCUAGAAAUGACAGCAGUAAUGCGCUAUGCAAAAGAGAGGAUCAAAUUGGGUUUCCCGCAUCAAAACAAGCAAGCUUUGCUCAAGAAGAUCAUUGACAUUGUUGAUAAACAUUGGGAGACUCAAAUGGAUCAUCCAUUGUAUGGGGCUGCUUUGUUUUUUAACCCUGGAAAGUUCUUCUCUAUUGUCAAUAGAGGUGAUGAUGCCCUAGUUGGGGAGCUAAGAAGUUGCUUUAAUGAUGUCCUUGCAAAAAUGGUACUUGAUGUCGAAACUUGCUAGAAGAUUGAUACACAAUCUGUUCUCUAUGAGGACCAGCGAGGAACCUUUGCUAAUGUGAUGGCAAUCCAAAACAUUUCAGAAAAAAAAACCUCGUAAGUCAACUCAAGUUAAUUUCAGCAAGAAAAGCAAUUUAAUUUCAGCAAGUUAUUUUCUAUGCAAACUCCUAAUGCAUUUGGGUUUUUACUUCUUACCAUUUAAGUUGAUUGGUGCCGUUCAUAUGAUGGUCGAGCAAUUGAGCUACAAAGGUUUGCAAAGUGUAUUGUUAGUCUUUGUGCUUCAUCAUCCGGUUGUGAGAGGAAUUGGAGCACAUUUGAAUUUGUGAGUAGCUUCUUUCUCUUUAUUUCAGCAAGAGCAAGUUAACUUCUUUCUCUUUAUUCACUCUAUUUGCUAUUUGUAGAUCCACACAAAGAAAAGGAACCGUUUACAAGUUCAAAGAUUGAAUGACAAUGUCUUUGUUUCAUACAACCGGAAGAACAUGGCUAGGUUUAAAAAGAGGUGUGAGAAGAUGGGUGACAAAGCUAUGAUCCUCUUAUCAUUGAGGAUUUUGAUUGGGGCAAUGAGUGGGUUGACCCGACAAUACCUCCAGCCCAAUGUGCUCAAGGGUGUCCCAAUGACAUUUCAUGGGAGCUUGUUGAUGAGGCUGUUGGUGCAAGUUCAUCGCUGCGAGGUCGCAGUUUUCCUAGAGCUGCAACCAUGGAAAAGAGGCACUCAAAUGCCAAUGUCCAGUACGAGAGGCAGCGCAAAAGGUCUGCUCCAUCACAAACAUUUCGCCAUGAAGAUGAUGAAGACGCUGACCAAGAACAACACUCAAGUAUCCCCAAUGGAGAGGAUGAUAAUUCAGACUUUCCUCGAGAUGAUGUUGAUGUGACCGAUGAUGAAGAAGAUCCAACUAGUGCUGACCAAGAUGGUGAAGACAACACAAAUGCUACCAUGGAUGAGUUCAAUGAUGGCUAUUGAGCAUUGAGAGUGGACAGCCUUGUUAUGAGUUCAUUGUGUUUGCCUGUUUGGAACCUAUUUUAUGUUGUGAUUUGUGAGCCUAAUUUAUUUUGUGUCGUGGACUUGUGGUUGUGGAGAGCUAGACCUAUUUGCUUUUGCACUCAUGUUUGUCAUCUUAUUUGCUUUUGCACUUGUACUCACAUUUACUCUCUGUUUUCCUUACCAAUGGUGAUCUGUUAAGUACUUAAGUCAAGUUUUAAGCAUGUACUCCUUCUGUUCCUAAAUAUAAGUCUUUUUAGAGAUUCCACUAAAGGACUACA